GAAAGGUCUUUACACUUCUUUAACUUCACUCUUCUGCAGGCAGAACUGGGGAAGCCCCAGAGAAACUGCUACACCCUGCCAGGCUUUGAUUUUUCAUACGGGCUGUACAUCCGUGGGACAGAUGGAGGAGUCGCUGCAGCAAUAGGCCACUGGAACACAGGGAAGCCUUCUUUAGUUCAGAAGAUGCCCCAAGACUACAUCACCAUGAACUGUGGUGCUGUGAAGGCUGGUUAUACCACAGCCCAUGAAUUUAAUUUGUACUACAAGGCCAAGGACAUUCGGUGCAAAGGUCUUAACUACUGUCGCCUCAAGAGAUGUUCUCCUAAAGCACCUGCAGACAUGACUUUUGGCAUCACAACACGGCCUUCCACUCCCUUUUUUGACCUCCUCCAACACAAAUACAAGGAGCUGUGGAUGGAGCAGCAGAGAGCCCGGACAGCAGCCGAGCGAAUGGAAAAGAAAAAGUCCAAAAAAGACCAAGUGAGUGAAACUCGCACCACACUUCUGCGAAAGCAGCCACGACCUGCAAAGGAGGAGUCCUUCUGGCACCUGCCCCGCUUGGAGAAGGUUGGGCCUCAUCUCAGUACUUUUCCAGACCGUGACACUCAUAAAAAGGCAUUCAGUGCCUCCCAUUGA